CAAUACACCAGCAAACACUCGGCGACACACACAAACAACAAGUAGCAAUCAUCUAGCCAAUUCUUCCCUUCUCUCCUUCGUCCACCUUCCGCGUCUGAUUCAUGGCACCCAUGGUGACCAUGAGCUCCUUCGCCGGUGCCGCCGUCCUGCCGCGUGCCUCGGCCGGCCACUUCGGUGCCCAGUCUCUGCCAGCACUAGGCCGACGCGCCCUCGUCGUCAGGGCACAAACCGAAGGCCCGAGUGCACCACCGCCAAACAAACCCAAGGCGAGCACCUCGAUCUGGGACGCGCUCGCGUUCGCCGGCCCCGCUCCUGAGCGCAUCAACGGGCGUCUGGCCAUGGUGGGCUUCGUGACUGCACUCGCCGUGGAGGCAGGCCGCGGCGACGGGCUCCUCUCGCAGCUCGGCAGCGGCACCGGACAGGCGUGGUUCGCCUACUCCGUGGCGGUGCUGUCCGUGGCGUCUCUGGUGCCGCUGCUCCAGGGCGAGAGCGCCGAGGGCAGAGCCGGCACCAUCAUGAAUGCAAACGCAGAGCUCUGGAACGGCCGCUUCGCCAUGCUCGGCCUCGUCGCGCUCGCCGCCACCGAGAUCAUCACCGGCGCUCCCUUCAUCAACGUCUAAAACUAGCUUUGUUGCCGAUCGAAUAACACAGCCUGUAGCUGGUAGGACAUGUAAAUGAUGAGAACUGAUCAUCUUUCAUAUUCUUUGUAGUGCUUAUACUAAUUAAAGACAGUUUAUACUA